GGGUUAAUUAAUUAAUGGGCACGCACUACUACUCAUCAGUUGAAUAUACUAUAGGAUAGUACGGCGUAGACGUUGAAAAAUACAGAUGUUUAAGCAAGCUGGCGGGAGCGGCCGGAUUGUCCCUAGUUGAAUACAGCGUCUCCACUCCCCAACCCCGACCGGCAGCCAGCCACCCCCGUCGACCGUCGUCGUCUCUCCCACGGCGCCACCGUACCACGACCGCGUCCAUAUAAGCUCGUGCCACGCACGAGAAAACGAAAACCCAAAUCGACCAACGCGCCGGCGCCGGCCAACCAGACCAGACGAAACCAGAGCCAGCUCCGGCCGGCAGGCAAGAAGGCCGACGACCGACGAUGCGGCAGCAGGAGGACCGGGCGCUCCUCCCGACGACGACCGCCGCCGGGACACCGGACGCCGCGGCGGCGGCGUCCGGGCCGUCGGGCCGGCUGCGGACGGCGGGGCUGGUGGCGGCGUGGUACGCGUCCAACAUCGGCGUGCUGCUGCUCAACAAGUACCUCCUCUCGUUCUACGGCUUCCGGUACCCGGUCUUCCUCACCGCCUGCCACAUGUCCGCCUCGGCGCUGCUCUCCUCCGCCUUCGCCGCCGCCGGCGGCGCCUCCUCCGCCGCCCGCCGACCGCUCUCGCGCGGGCAGGCGGCGAGGGUGGCCGUGCUGGGGGGCGUCUUCUGCGGCUCCGUGGUCGCCGGCAACGUCUCGCUGCGCUACCUCCCCGUGUCAUUCAACCAGGCCGUCGGUGCCACCACGCCCUUCUUCACCGCGCUCAUCGCCUACGCCGUCGCCGGCCGCCGCGAGGCCCGCGCCACCUACGCCGCCCUCCUCCCCGUCGUCGCCGGCGUCGUCAUCGCCACCGGGGGCGAGCCCAGCUUCCACCUGUUCGGGUUCAUCAUGUGCGUCGGCGCGACGGCGGGGAGGGCGCUCAAGACCGUGCUGCAGGGCAUCCUGCUCUCCUCAGAAGAGGAGAAACUCAACUCCAUGGACCUGCUGCGGUACAUGGCGCCGGUGGCCGUGGUGCUGCUGGUGCCGGCGACGCUGAUGAUGGAGCCGGACGCGCUCGGCGCGGCGGCGGCGCUAGCCCGGGAUGACCCCAGCUUCGUGUGGAUGCUCAUCGGCAACUCCUCGCUGGCCUACCUGGUGAACCUGACCAACUUCCUGGUCACCAAGCACACCAGCCCGCUCACCCUCCAGGUGCUCGGGAACGCGAAAGGGGCGGUCGCCGUCGUGGUCUCCAUCCUGAUAUUCAAGAACCCGGUGACCGUCAUGGGAAUGCUGGGCUACGGGGUGACCAUCGCCGGCGUGGUCCUCUACGGCGAGGCCAAGAAGAGGAGCAAGUGAGCUGCGCCGGCGUGGGGAACAAGACCUCAGAAGAUAUGCUGACUGUCGCAAUGAUCUUUCGCUGGAGCUCCGGCAGAGUCCUGAUGGUGGGACGAUGAAGAUGACCAACUCAUUUGUAUAUUUAUUAUUGUUCAUUCAUGCUCCAGGUGCAACCUGGGUGUUCCUGAGAUCUGGGACUUGACGAUGUUACAGUUAUCACAAGCUGUUAGAUCAGAUGCAUUCAUGCUUGCAAAUUGUUGUGUAGGCUGCACUACUACAUUGCAAGUGACAAUUGAUCAAUACUACUGCUAGCCAGAGAUAUACAGA